ACACUUGCUUUUUUAUAUUCCCAUUGCCCGUCCGUGAUUAACAUGCAACUUCCUAUCGUCGCCCUCCUUGCUCUGUUGCCAUUCUUUGUCGCCGCCAAUCCGGUUCAACACUCUCCUUCGGCGGGGAUCAAGUUGCCUUUGGUAAAGAAAUCCAACUUAGUGCAUCCCAAAGGUCCCGUCGACACUGAUGCUCUUCGUGCUCACAUUUUAUCGCUUGAAAGGAAAUAUCAGCGAGGAUUUGAUGCUUUUGAACGAAACACUGGUGCUCGUCAUCCUUUAGCACCUGUCCUAAGUACCGUCGUUUCAAAACGUGGUAGUGGUGCUGUACCUCUCACAGAUGAGAAUGCACAAUUGUGGCAAGGCUCCAUUAAGGUUGGCACUCCUGCAAAGCAAUUCAUAGUGGAUUUUGACACUGGCAGUAGUGAUCUUUUCCUUCCCGGCCCAAACUGCGGGUCGACCUGUCAAGGUCAUACAAUCUAUAAGCCAAGCUCGAGCUCCACGGCAAAAGAUCUUCAAAAGACUUUCAAACUUACAUACGGCGAUAACUCGAGUGUCUCUGGUGAACAGUAUACAGACACCGUUCUAAUAGCAGGUCUAAUUGCUACCAAACAGACCCUUGGCGUCGCAAAGCAAUAUUCCAAUGGGUUUAACAUUGCUACUUUCAGUCCCGAUGGUUUGAUGGGAAUGGGAUUCCCCGCCAUCUCAGACUACAAUGCAAACCCUGUCUUCCAGACUCUGGUUGAGGAGGGUGUAACCACGCAGCCUGUAUUCGCAUUUAAGCUGGCAGAUAAUGGAGCAGAGCUGAUGAUUGGUGGUGUCAACAAGAAGCUCUACACUGGCGCUUUCACCUACGUACCUGUGAUCAUCGAAGGAUAUUGGCAGGUCAACAUGGAUGCUAUAACGCUCAACGGCAAGGAGGUUUUCGGGGAAGUUGAAGCCAUUAUUGAUACUGGCACCACUCUCAUCGUCGGUCAUCCAAACGAUGUUCAAAAAUUCUACAGUGGCAUUGCUGGUGCAAAGUCUCGCUCUGAUGUUUCGCCUGGCGUGUGGACAAUCCCUUGCAGUGCACAGCCUAAUGUUACCCUCACGUUUGGCCUCAAGGCCUUCCCUAUCUCACACUCUACCUUCGUUGUCGGACAGGUAGAGUCUGGUUCUUCUGACUGCAUUGCAGCUGUGAUGUCAUCGCCUUCAGCAUCAGAAUUCUGGAUUGUUGGAGAUGCGUUCCUACAAAAUACAUACACAGUUUUCGAUGCCGGAUUGAGCCGUGUUGGCUUCGCUCAACUGGCGUAAAUGAUGGAGUUUCACACUUGGAAAACUUGACUGUCAAUUCAUGUACUAAUCUAACUCAUCCCAGUAUUAUUGAUACCUGCACUAUGCCUGAUUUGCAUAUGUAUUAUUCGCGACGUUAUCGUUCCUUCUGACAUGAUAUGUCACAGGUUUCACAUGCUUGAUUUGGUUCUGAGCUACGAGUCGAUAUAGUACAUGCGCAUAGUCGACGCGGCCGUGUUAAUCCCACCUAUUCAACCGUAAUGGGACGAUUGUAACACUCGGGUCGAGCGUACGUGCCCAGCGCCGAGUUUUGACGCUCACUAUACCAGUUCCGCUUUGUUUCACUUGAUCAUCCCUCUUCGUUCUACACAAUUAACAUACCUAGCGAAUAUAUUGUGUAAAGUUUGAAAACUCCCCAUGGUCAGUUCACAGCCGAGCUUGUCGCACUAUCAAAGCAGAAGAACAAUCUCCACCUACUAUGAAUAUUUACCCUCUCUUUUAGCUAGCAUACUACCUGCUAUAUGAUCUUGUUGGUAUUAGUGUGCUGCUAUGUCGUAUCCAAUUAUGCCCGCAUCUGUAAUGCAUAGAUCCUCGUAGUAGGCGUCAAAGAAGCGUCCGUGAUACAUGG